UUCAGGAUGAUUAACAGCAGCUCCUUCUGAAAACCCAGGAUGCCUAUGGUGUCAGUGGGCGGAGCAUCCUCCUCCCACCAUGUUGUACCUGUUGCCCUCACCUGCUCAUGGCUGCUCCUGCUCUUCCAUACCGUCUUUGGUCAGAAACCUGCCAAGCUGCCCUUGAUAAGCAGAAAGCCCUUCAUCGCUGCCUGGAAUGCUCCACUGGACAUGUGCACCAUCAAGUACAAUAUAACCCCCAAUCUUGACCAUCUCUUCCACAUCCAUGGGAGCCCACGUGCUGAUUGGACAGGCCAGAAUGUCACUAUCUUCUAUGCCAACCGUCUGGGCUACUAUCCUUACUACACUCCGCAGGGAAACGCUGUGCAUGGCGGCCUGCCGCAGAACUGCAGCCUGGACCUGCACCUGUUGAAGGCCUUCCAGGACAUCAACCACUUCAUCCCUGCAGAAGACUUCCGUGGCUUGGCUGUCAUUGACUGGGAGUUCUGGAGGCCUCAGUGGAGCCGUAACUGGCACAAGAAGGACAUCUAUCGCCAAAAAUCAAGAGAACUGACGGCCAAGGCGUAUGUGAAUGUGACAGCCGCACAGGUGGAGGAGCUGGCGCGGCGGCGGUUCGAGAAAAGUGCCAAAGCCUUUAUGCAGAGGACUGUUCAGCUAGGGACGCACCUUCGUCCUAAUGGUCUCUGGGGUUUCUACCUCUACCCUGACUGCCACAACUACAACCUGCAUGACCAGAACUACACAGGCUUCUGCCCGCUGCUGGAAAGCCUCAGGAAUGAUGAGCUGGUGUGGUUGUGGAACAGCAGCACAGCACUUUUUCCUUCUGUGGCGAUCAGGAAAAGUCACACCAACAGUAUCAGCAACCUGCACUUCUCCCAGCACAGGAUCAGGGAGUCGCUCCGUAUUGCCUCGCUGACCUCAAAGGAGUACGACCUCCCCACCUACGUGUACCUGAGGCUGGGAUACAGAGACGAGGCCCUGGCCUUCCUCACCACAAAAGACUUGAUCCACACCAUCGGAGAAAGUGCUGCUCUGGGUGCUGCAGGAUUCGUCAUCUGGGGCGACCUGAACUUGACCUCAUCCAGGUCAAACUGCAGCAAAGUGAAAGCCUUCCUGAGCCACCGCCUGGGUCAGUACAUCAUCAAUGUGACAAGAGCUGCUGAGGUCUGUAGUGACUUCCUGUGCCAGGGGAAUGGCCGCUGCGUCCGCCGAGACCCCCGCGCCCCCCAUUACCUCCACUUGAGCAGGGGCAGCUACCACAUCCGUCCCUCUGGCAACGGGGACUUUGCUGUGACCGGGUGGCACUCCCAACAUGAACUGCAGCUGCUGACUGAGAGGUUUCGCUGCCACUGCUACGAAGGCCAUGAGGGUGAAAGCUGCGACAGCGCUAACAAAGUGAAGGAGGACGACGAGCUGUGGAGGGAGGGGGAGGAGGACGAGCAGGAGAGGAAGAGGACAGAGUGGGAGUACGAGCAGGAUGAACAACGGGACACAGCCGAGAGUGCCGCAACCAAAACAGGCUUUAGUCUUUACAUGAUGUUGAUGAUGCUCCUGUUGAACUUAUCUCUAGCAAAAACAGUUGUAUGAUGUUUUCUUACUCAAGGAGUCAUUUUCCAGAAUGCUUGUGUAGAGAUGACACAUUGACAACAUGCUGGCUGUGUGUGGAAACAAAGCUGGAUGUUGAAUUGAAUACUUGAUGUACAGUAGCUGUUUGACUUUGAGUGUAACACAGCAGCAUCAUGUUGAUCAGAGCUGACACUUCUUAUUUUGCUGUCAGUUAAUGUGUUCAUAGUUUCUUUCAGGCAUUUUUACCUAGUUCAAGUCAACUGGAUCAUUGCCUGUGGUUUAACACUAUAAGUCUGGUCUUGUUCACAGAUCUUUCCAGCAGUGCAGGUUGUUGUAAGAUGACUCACAAAAAUGUUAACUCUUGAAUGGAUAUUACUUCAACUGAUGUCGCAAACAUUCGCUCCUAUGAUAAACAGAUUGUGAAAUCGGGCACACAGAGAACCACUUAUGUACCACACAUGUAACCAUUUAUUCUCUAUUUAAUUUUGUAGCACUUUUGAAGCUUAAGGACAAGUGAAUUAUUUUAGACAUAUAAGAGUACAGAUUUUUUUUAACUGGAGUAACAAAAAAAAACACAUGCCCUAACCCCCCCAAAAUUAAUCAUCGAGCAGCACUGAGUCCAAACAGUUAGUAGAUUGAUGUAAAUAAAACUACAGUACAUGGUAAAAAUAAGCAAUUAUAGGGAAUAUUAUCAUAACAUAUUCAGUUAAUGCCAUCUAAUAAAGACACAUUAAAAGCUGCAGUGGAGCCAGCUGAUCUCACACUGAGCAUGAGGCAGUUCCACAAAGUCCCAGCUAAAAUAUUUUGAUCAGGUGAUCUUAGGAGCCUGGCUGACCUCUACGAGGUUAAACGAAUGGCCUUGCUGGCUGUAACUUUAAACUAUUUACCAUAGCGAUGAGGAAGUGAUAUCAGUCUUUGACUGUGAAAAAGCAAACAAGUGUAGCCUGCUUCUGAAUAUGUAAAAAGUUGUUUGUUCAAAACUCACCCUGCUGCUGAAUGGAAGGGAAAGGUUUUAAAAGAUUGGUGGUUAUUGUAGAAUGAAUGUGAUCUGUUUGAAAGUAACAAAUGUGUUCUCGAGAAACACAUGACACUUCCUUUGUAAUGCGUAUUGCCAACUACUGCAUGUAAAAAGUGUUUGUUGAGUGAGUCAGGUUUAGCAAUAAAAAAAAAAGUUUGACUUGAUAAUGAGCUGAGGAUCAGAGCAUAGAGAUCACACUUUUUAUCUUUAAAUAAACUCAAGAGGCAGCUGGAGUUUCCACAUGACAGUUUCCAGCCUAUUCAGUUGUAAUCAAACCACAUUGGUUCGGACAGGUCCCAGAAGAGGAACUACUGACAGCUACAGUCAUGUCUUGGGUAUAGUGACAACACGUAAUUUCUAAAAUCCCCUUUACUUCAUAAUAGUAAUCAUUAACUUAACUAAAGUUUUCCUGGAAAACAAUAAAGAAAAAUGUAGGUGCUUGAAGCCCUUUAAAUACUAAAAACAUAAACAAAAGGACAAAAAUGCAUCAGACUGAACCUAACUGUCAUGUCUACCUACACAGUUCAUUAUGACGAUGUUUGCCAAUAUGUUCAGGAUCAAAUGGACCUAAGCUUUAAUAACAACAAUGGCAGCUCGUGAAGAGGAAAGAAUAUAUGCUGCUAUAGCAGUAAUAUAACAACUGGAGGGGAUUUAUUUACUAAAAGAAGAACAAAAGUAAGAAACAAAGGCUUCACAAUUAACCAAACAAUUAACCACAAUUAACCAAACAACCAUUUGGUUAACAACAAUUAACCAAACAACCAUGAUGUGUCACCUUUCUUUUUCCAAACACUCUCCAUUUAAGCCACCCCACAUGGUUCUGAUGGGACAGGCUAACUUUUAAAAGCUUCAUAGUUGGACUUAUUGUAGAUGUACAACCUUUUACGAAACCAAAGGUAACAUAGCCAUACAUUCGUAAUGUAUGUAGAGAGACAAUCGCGGAAUUCGGUUUUUGAUAUUUUUGAAGAUUUAAUUCUGAUGGCAUGAAACCUCUGAACAAUAAGCUGUUGACUGACUUUGUACUCUUGCUUUCCCAAUACUGAAAUGCAGCUUGCCAGGAAGCACCACAUGUUGA